AUGGCGACGAGUUCUACAGCUGCUACGGCUACAAAAGGACCCAAGCUAAAAGUUUUACCCUUCGAUCCUCACGGAGAUCGGUUAGACCUGGGGAAACGAUGGGAAAAGUGGUUCGAACGAUUUGAGAGAGACCUCAAGUAUAACGGAUGUGACCCUAGUAAAACACCAGAAAUAGCCAAAAUGGCGCUGUUAAUAUACGCAGGCACCGAGGUGGAAGACCUGCACGACACUCUGCCAGAACCAGGCAGACCAGAAGGCACAGAGGAAGAAAACUGGACCGCGUAUGAGCAAUCUAAAACCAAAUUGAAAAUACAUUUUUCACCAAAACAGUGCAACGACUUUGCUAUCUUUGAAUUACUCCGAAUGAAAAUCGAAUCGUCAGAAAGUAUUACAAGUUAUGCGAUGAGGCUGCGUAAAGCAGCGAGCAAGUGCGAUUUUACAAAUUGGUCGGCGGAGAAAAUGAUCAAAAGCCUGAUCAUCAGCAAUAUGCAAGAUGACACCCUUCGCCUAAAAUUUUUACAGAAGGACAGAACACUGGACCAAAUCUUAGAUAUCGCUAGAAAGAAGGAAGAUGCUGUGGCCCGAAGUAAAGUAAUAGACAGGGACUCGCGACAGGUAGUCAACAAGGUGGGUGCCAAACGAAAUCAACCGUUACAACAGAAGGAGACCACAGACCAGUACAAUCGGUGUGGACACGAGAACCAUUUCCCUGCUUCGGAGUGCCCAGCCAUAUCCAGAAUCUGCAAUUACUGUAAAAAGAAAGGACACUAUGCCAGCAAGUGCUUCAAGAAACAAAAGGAAGCAGGAAUCAAACGCAUCGAAGCAGAACCCCAAACUGACACCGGAACCGACACCAACUCCGACACUGAUGAGUACGACACAGCCAAGAUCGAAUUAGUUAACAAUCUUGGGAUGAGGGAAAAGCCAUCGCUGAUGAGAGUCCGCACUAACGACCAAGAUAUUCUGUGGCAACCGGAUACCGGGACCCAAAAAGACGUCUGGGAUGAGGCACACUUCCGCAGCUUUAAAGAAAAGACUCGGGGGGAAGUAAAGUUGACACCGACAAACAUCAAGCUAUUUGCAUAUGGGGGCAAGACACCACUUGCGGUCAUCGGUUCAUUCAAGGCAGUGCUGACAGCUGGGGAUCGGACAGUCGACACUGAGAUAUAUGUGACAUCUGAACCAUCCGCCUAUCCACUACUUUCCGAACAGUCAGCCAAACAGCUCCAAUUGAUCCGGUAUAAUGAGAAGUUCCUAGUAAAGCGAGUGUCUGAGCCCUGCAAGAAAGUUUUGGCAAUGACUAGGCGCCAAAAGAUAGCCGACAUGAUUAUGGAUAACCCCGAGGUGUUCACGGGUAAGAUCGGCAAAGCCAAAACGAACGAGGUGUCCCUGAUGAUCGAUGACAGUGUCACACCAGUAGUCCAGAAACAGAGACGGAUACCAGUCAAUCUCUCAGAACGGGCAGAAAGCAAGAUCCAAGACCUCCUGGACCAAGACAUCAUAGAACCAGUUCCAGAUAACCAGCCACGCAGUUGGGUCAGCCCUCCGGUGAUUGCUCCCAAACCAGAUUCCAACGACAUUCGUUUUUGCAUCGAUAUGCGCAUGGCCAACAAAGCCAUACAAUGCCCGUAUACUCAGAUACCAACAAUGGCUGAUAUUGUAAACAAAUUUCAAGGAGCAGAACGCUUCACUAAACUGGACCUCAAAGAAGCAUACCACCAGUUUGUCCUCGACGAACAGUCGCGUAACAUCACCACUUUCUAUGGCCCUGAUGGCCUCUACCGCUACAAAAGGCUCAAUUAUGGAACCAAAUCUGCCCAGGAUAUCCUCCAGUUGGAGAUGCACAAGAUGCUGUCCGGUAUCCCAAGCCAGGUGAACAUAGCGGAUGAUAUCUUGAUUGGCGGGUCAGUCGAAGAGCAUGAUGCAGCCCUGCAAAAAGUCCUGUCAGCCUUAACGAGUAAUGGUAUCACCGUGAAUCCUGAUAAGUGUGUCUUUGAUGUAGAGGAGGUGCGAUUCGUCGGGCUGGUGUUCAACAAGCAGGGCAUAAAACCCGACCCAAAGAAUGUAAAGAAUCUACAAGAUGCAAGUCAACCCACAAGUAAAGUGGAGCUGCGCUCCUUCCUCGGGAUGGCAGGGUUCAGCGAACGUUUCAUUCCGAACUUCGCGAGUAUUGUCCACCCUCUGCGGCAACAGCUUAAGGAGAACAUCUGGGCGUGGGACAAAAUAUGCCAAGAAGCAUUCACCAAGUUGCAAGCCUCGUUAAGCGAAUUUUCACUACUACACCAUUAUGUAAUCGGACAUGACACCGAACUAGUUGUAGACGCCAGUAUCACGG